AUGGCGCAUCCGUAUAGCGGCGCUGCUGGCUACAUCCAUGCGAACGAGUAUCCAUACACGCCGGUAACAACGCACCACAGCAUCGACAACCACGUUACAGCUGACGUGGAGAGCGAAAUAGACCCCUACGGCGUCGAGCGGUACUAUCAGCCCAUCCACUCCUUCAGCCCUGCCGCCACAAUAUGGUCCGCGCCGUCCAUGAUCGGCAGCGACACGCACCUGACGUCCCUCUCUGAAGACGACCCGGAGUCAACCGUUUCCUCCGCCGGCCCGUCCUACUCGCACCCACGCUUCCGCACCGCGCCGUUCGGGCUCACGACCACCAACAGCUCCCGUAUAAGAACGGAGUCACAGCGGCGCCUGCUACCUACGCCGCCGACGCUCGCAACGGUCUUCGCCCACCCAUAUGGCCAUGGCCACCCGUCUGAAGUAGACGCGCCCGCCAAACAGCGCAAGCACGAGGAGCCGGACGACACGGUGACGGAAGCGGACCUCUGGUUCGACGAGGACUCGGUCAUCUCGGGCACGCCGAAGCUCGGCGCCGUGGCCCCCGCGCCGGUACCCAUAUAUCUCAAGAGCGGCGCGGCAAGCCCGCUGCGGCCUUCCCGGAGACCGCCGACACGGGACGGCGCGAAGAGGAACGCGGUUGUGCUCGAUUUCGGGCCCGGCGAGCGGGGGAGUGGUAGGAUCGGACUUGCAAAGAAAUGGCGCCGCGAGAUAAAGCGACGGGUGAAGGCGAUGCUACGGCGGCUGCGCUUGGUGUGGCAGGGGAACGGGACCCAAUCGGCCACCUAUUGA